AUGAAAAUAGCAGUCGAAGGAUGCUGCCACGGCGAGCUCGACAACAUCUACCAAGAAAUCGCCCGCCUCGAGCAGCAGAACCAUUACAAAGUCGACCUCCUCCUCAUCUGCGGCGACUUCCAGGCGAUCCGCAACCACCGCGACCUGACCUGCAUGGCCGUGCCGGACAAGUAUAAGCGCCUCGGCGGGUUUCACAAGUAUUAUACGGGGGAGAAGACCGCGCCUGUGUUGACGAUAUUCAUCGGCGGGAACCACGAAGCGUCGAACUAUUUAUGGGAGCUGUACCACGGCGGCUGGGUGGCACCCAACAUCUACUACCUCGGCCACGCGGGCUGCGUGCACGUCAACGGCGUGCGCAUCGCCGGCCACUACGAGCACCUCCCCUACGACAAAGGUACCAUGCGCACGAUCUAUCAUAUACGCGAGUUCAACGUCCGGCGGCUCUCCCUCCUCUCCUCCCCCGACAUAUUCCUCUCGCACGACUGGCCCAGCACGAUCACCGCGCACGGCGACGCCGCGGACCUCCUCCGCCGGAAACCCUUCUUCCGGGACGACAUCAGCUCCGGCAAGCUCGGCUCGCCGCCGCUCAUGGGCCUCCUGCGCGCGCUGAAGCCGGCGUGGUGGUUCGCGGCGCACCUGCACUGCCGGUUCGAGGCGGCGGUGGUGCAUGGCGGCGGGGAGAAGGUGGAGAAGGCGGGGAAGAAUCCGGAUGAGAUUGUUAUUGAUGAGGACGAGGAGGAGGGUGGGGUUGGGGAUGAAGCAGAGGGGGAGCAGGGGAGGGCGGAGGGGAAACAGAACGAGAACCCCGACGAGAUCGUCCUGGACGACGAGGCGGCGGAGGUCGUCGCGCCGCCCCGCCCGCCAGCGCCCCCCAAAGUGACGACAUUCAUCGCGCUGGACAAGUGCCUCCCCCGCAGACAGUUCCUCGAGGUAGUUGACGUAGGGAGCCCGCAAGCAGGAGACGGCGCGCCGCGGCUGGCGUACGACCCCGAGUGGCUCGCGAUCACGCGCGCCUUCCAGCCGUGGCUCUCGACCAGCAGGUCGCAGCCGCCCUUCCCCGAGGAGGCGCAGGCGCGCGAGAUGGUGCGCGCCGAGCUCGCCUGGGUGCAAGCAAACGUGGGGGCGAAGGAGGUCGGGGAGUGCCAGGUGUUCGCGGUGACCGCGCCGGGGCCGUCGCCCGAGGACAGGGCGCAGAAGAACCGGCCGCCGCCGGUCUACCCGAACCCGCAGACGGACGCGUUCUGCGCGAUGUUGGGCAUCGAGAACAAGGUGCGCGCGAGCGCGGGCCGUGCGCCGUCCAAGCAGGCAGAUCCCGAGCCUAGCGUGUCUCAGCAAGCAGGGCCCGAAUCCAGCGCGCCCGCGGACGCGGGUGCACUCCCUACCACCCCGAGCGCUCCAGACCAGUCAUGAGGUGCGGCCCUCGUAGUGCGUUUCGAAUAUGUAUGUAUAGAUCGCGCGCGCCACUAUAUCGCGGCUUUCUGACGGACCGCGGUCCUAAUUUAUAGAAUGAUAAGAGCGUGCCGGGCGUUCCAUGGGAACCUUGUG